UUGUGAUACAGGCAGCCAACAACAUACAUACAAAACCCACCCUUUUCGUUUUUUUAUUUUAUUUUGCCCAUUUUUUUUUCUUUCCCUUCUUUCUCUACCCCGCUUGGCAAAACGUGCAUUGACUGAAUUCACAUCUGAUAUUAAUGACUGCAUCACCUACGUUGUCUCAGUCUCCUACUGCUGAGUCUCAAGCUUCACAAACCAACAGCUCCCUUCCAUCCUCGGGUGUCCCAUCCCCAAACAUCUUCAACAAGAAGGACAAAAGACAGUACCCGUCGUCACGACAACCUUACCCUCCACCACCAUACCCUUUGCCAGUGUAUUACCCGCCUUAUAUGCUGUAUCCACCUUACAUGUAUCCUCAUCCACCUUAUCUGCAACCUCCUCAGCCGCAGCAACCUCCCCUUAAUCAACGCGAUGAAGACCAGGAUGACGUGGAAAUCAUUAUGAAUGAUCUAGAAGCUCCUUCUUCAAAGUUUUUGGAUCGAUCUGCGUCCGUUUCUAGCGAUGUAGCCAAGCCUGUAUCUCCGCCUGAAGGCGUUCAGCCUGGCCUGAGGAAUCAAUUAGAGUACUAUUUUUCUCGACAGAAUCUAGCCAAUGAUGCAUAUUUAGUAUCGCAAAUGGAUAGCGACUUGUAUGUAUCUAUCGCUACUGUGGCAUCUUUCAACAAAGUGAAAGCAUGGACCACAGACUAUGACACGGUUGUUCGUGCUUUGAAAUCAAUUCCCGCUGUCACCGUUGAUGAAACAAACACCAAAGUCAAACCCAACAUUUCCACUCAGCGCACGACCAUUAUUUUGCGGGAUAUAGACAGUAGUGCUACAGAAGAGGACAUCACGGCUAUCUUCACUUCUGACAUGGAACCCAUAGUCAUAAAAGAUGUCAAACGCGAGAUCGGGAACAUGUGGUACGUCACAUUCAACACUGAGGAGGAAACCAUCAAAAUGCUUUUUCUACUUCGAGGCAAGUCGUUCAAAGGUAAACCCAUCGCUGGUAGAAUCAAGUCGGAAGCGGUUUUGCGUAACAUCCAAGUAGAAAAUCCAUCUCCUCAACAAACCGCCGUUUCACCUUCAUUCAAUCCACCUUCCCCUUCAUCCAACACCCCAUCACCAAACAAUGUCCAAAUGCCAUUUCCUCCGUAUCCUGGCUAUUACGGUUUACCAGGUUAUCCCAUAUUACCUAUGAUGCCACCGCCAAUGGGAUGGAACAGUCCUCAACCGCCACACCUUUUCCAACAAAAUUAUAACACUCAACAUGGUAAUUACCAAGAGGGCCAUUACCGUAAUAAUAAUAAUAAUAAUAAUCGCAAGCGAUUCAACAACAAUGGUGCCAAAUACCCCCAACCGAUCCAGCAGGAAUCUUCUCCACAGGAUAGAGCCAGCACUUUUUCACAACAACAACAACCAGGAAACUUUCGCAAUCAUACCAAGAAAAACAACUAUCGCAACCAAUAUAAUCAUGGUAACAACCCUUUCAAAAAUAACAAUAGAACCCAACAGCAAACAUCACGCUACGGUGGCAAUAGCAUAGAAGAAUCACCAGUCACCCAACAUGAAUUGCCAAGCUCUACGCCACUCAUGUCUGAUACAUCGGGUGAGCGUCCAAAUCAUACACCUAAAGGGUCAUCCAUGCCUAGAAAUCGAGGCAAGAAGAAGAAGUCGGAUAAAAAGUUUCCAGGUAAGCUUGUUUGUGCCAUUUCUGACACGUCAGGUCACCAAUGUCAGCAGACCCACCCACUUUUGACAUAACCUGCUUUAUUGUACUUCUUUUAUAGAAACUUCGUCCUUGCAACCCGGCCAUUUCCCUCCUUUGCCCAAAUCUGCGUCUUCCAGUCCAGAUGAAGCUCAGAGCGCUCAACAUCAGACAGCUGCUUCAUUCAGUUAUGCAGACAUGCUCAAAGCUCAGCAAGCUCGAUCAUAAUCCCAUUAGAAAACAAAAGAAAAAAUGUCCUUGCUCACCCUGUUACCUCGGCUUCCAAAAC